CCGGAGCGGAUUGCAAGAAUUUGAAUUUUAAAAGAGUAGAAAAUGUGCCAUGUUUUUUAAGUUGCAUUAAAUUAAAGUUUAAUUUAAUUACUAAAUUGUAUUAAUUGGGUAGAAUAGUCUUACGUGAAGGCAGUUGACGGUGUAGGACAGGGUUUUUAUGUGGAUUGAAACUUAUUAACUGAUCAGGUUAAUAAUGUUCUCCAUCUCAAAACUAGUCACCGGCUUAUCUCGGGUUGUCCACAUAUCGCCACCCCCAAAUACCCUCUUACUCGAAACUUCGAUAAGGUUGGAAGCGUCCUCACUCCUUGUACCUUCAAAGGGCACCGUGCGAUACAGAUAUUUUGAGGACAAGCCAAAAGUUCUAAUGAGAAAGUAUGGAUACAAAGAUAAGAUGGAUUUCAAAGGACCCCUUCCACGAAUUCCAACCGGAAUGCCACUUCCAAUGCCGCUCUACCAACCUAAAAAGAAUUGGACCGAGAAAAAAGCCUUGUUCGGACAAAAUGACUAUAUCGACAUUCUCGGCGAUCAGGAAGGACUGAAACCCAUCAUGUUCCAGACACAUAUUCCCCAGUGGUUAAAAGGAUUUCAUGGGAAUGAGUUCCAGAUGUUAAUUCGGAAACAUAAAAUGCUCGGAAAUCGCGUUGCUUCUCGUCCCCAGGAAUGGCACAAUCUCAGAAAGAGGAUAAAAUAUUUGUACAGAUUUCUUAACUAUAAUACCAAGAGCUUUAUGGAUAAGAAAGUUCUCCGUAGAUGAUUGUAUCGUGUAACGUCAAUUUCGGUUUUAUACAUACAGUUAUUUAUGCAGUAGUCAAAAAAUGAAUAACAAAAUCAUAGCGUAAUAUUCUCAAUGUCGUUAUUAG